AUGUCCGCCACCGCGGAGGUCCUGGUACUUUCCUCCUCGCCGGAGCGCAAUUCAGUCCAUACGCCAGCGCCGCCUGCAUAUGAUCCCGAAAAGUUAUUUGGGCUGUCUCCGGUAGACUUUGAAACGACCCCGAUACCGUCCCCGUCCGAAUUGUUUUGUCCUCCGACGCAUUCUAGGUUUUUCGAAGUUGAGAAUCAAGUCGACGAAUCGCGCCGCAAGGGAUCCCGCAAGAAUUCCAGCAACUUGACGAAUGAUGAAUCGGCUGUUAUAAUGCUAGAGGGGGAACCAGCGGCAGAUAAACCGAAGCGAAGGGGUAGGCCAAAGAAGGAGCAGAAAAAGGAGGAGACGGGGUCUCUCGCGGGUACCGAGAAGACUACUGCGAAGAAGACUACAUCAGGUGCGAGUAAGAAACGCGCUGAACCUGCGACAAAGCGCUCGAAGCCGGCAAAUAAGACGAUCACUGGGAGGGUUGCAAAGGCAGGCAGUUUGCAACCUAAGGAGGCUGGCGAGAAGGCCAUUUACCCGUCGACGCCACCGGCUGCUCUGUUUCAGAAGACUACAAAGGAUGUGCUUGAUUGGGAAAGGGAUGGUUUACAGCUUGAACAAGCGAUGACGCGGAGAUUGGACUGGACACCUACAACAAAUAAGGCUAAGGAAGUCGUUCAGUUGGAAGGGAAGUUAGGGCCAGAUGAUACUACGAGGGGCUUUGGUAACCUGUUGUCAGAGUAUGGAUUUAAUGGGCCUGCUGCUCCAGCAAGCGACUAUAUGCCUUCUGAUAAUGGUGGGCCGACUAAACGAAGGCGCAUAGAGCUGGUUGAUUCCGGAGUAUACCCUGGUUCCAGACAAAGUGUUGCCGACGAUAGUGAGAGGGCUAGCACAGAAGGAACCCGCAAGUCAACACCAGCCGCGCGAAAGAAGCCCACGCAGCGUACCAAGAAAUUUACCACACUCACUGCCCGCGUGACAGCGAAGUAUAUCAACGAGUCUACAGAGGGUUCAGAUAUCGUGGAGGAAGAGACACCGAAAGCGAAGCCUAGAGCUUCAAGAUCUAAGAAAAAGGGCCAGGAGCCCGAGUUUGUGGUGCUUUCUCCCGAAGAAGCCGCCAAAUCCCUCGAUGAUCAGGAGCUGGUAUUUGGCACGUGCAGCCAGCUGGAGCGAGAAGACUCACCCUCUACUAUAAGAGAGCUGCAGGCAGCUAUUAGCGAGUCGGAACGGAGCAUGACAUUGGAAGCCAGUGGUCGUCCGCAUCGGACGCAGAGCAGGGGAGCUUCUGCAGUAUCGCGUUUCAAUGGCUCAGGAAACUUGUGGUCGGUCGCAUCUCGAGAUGUUGACGGUUCACUAAUGCAGGUGGAGGUGGUGGAUCUGGUGAAUUCGCCUGAUAGAUCUGGGACUGUCACUCCAGGUGAGCAACCCAGCAGCGACAGGGGAGAAGCUGGAGUCGAAUGUGAUACCAGCGAUAUCAACCCUACACAGAAAGAUAACGACCAGGCGAAAGCUACUUCGACAAGCGAAGUACAGCCUAUUAUACCCGCCCCUACCACUCAAACAACGAACAAGAAGGCUCAGAAUUCCACAUCCGUUGCCCGCAAAUCUGACCCUAAGAUGCCGCAAUACAACGACUUCACAGAUGCCCAGCUGUCGAAGCAAGCUGCCUCGUUCGGCUUCAAGCCACUCAAGAACCGGAAGAAGAUGAUCGAGCUGCUCGAAAAGUGCUGGAAAGCAAAGAAUGGCGUAUCUUCCGAGACAAAUGACGAGAACGCACAGCAGGAUCUGUCUGCAGACCCUGCAUCAGUACCUGCCCCGGGCAAUAAGCCAAAAGGAAAAGGCACGACACGGAAAACCACCACGGAGGUGAAAGCCAAAUCUCAAUCUGAUGUACCAUCAAAGCUAACAACAACAACGAUAUCCACCCACUCAAACAACCCCAACACCAACUCCAUAACCUCAACAUCACCUCCCAAACCAACCCCCUCAUACGCCAACGUCGAAGAAAUCGAAGACUCCGAAGACGAUUCCGACCCUAUCCCCAUCUCUUUCCCCUCCCCAGGCCGCUUCCUACCCCAAACCCUUCAAAGGAAGCACAAGCACGCCCCCUCCCUCCCCACAUCCAACAUACCAUCAAGUCCUAAUCGAACUACAAUCACAUCCACCUUCAAAGACCCAGAACCCCCCGCCAUCCUCCACCCCCUAACCGACCAAAUCACCAAAGCUGUCCGCGCCCAAUCCGCAACCCGGACUGCAUCAUCCCACACACAGAAUACUCACACGAGGAAACAAACCUGGCACGAGAAAAUCCUCAUGUACGACCCCAUUCCUCUGGAAGAGUUCACGACAUGGUUAAAUACAGAAGGAUUGGGUCUUGUGAAUGAGGAUCGGGAGGUCGGGGCGGGGUUCGUGAGGAGGUGGUGUGAGAGUAAAGGGGUGGUUUGUUGUUAUAGGCCGAAGAGGAGAGAGUGA